AUGGAUUUAAUAUUCAUUAUACUUAUAUACUUCAGUUCUAUAAUUUUAUUUAUAAAAACAAACAAUACUUUACCUUCAAAAGAAGCAGCUUCUGUUUAUUACAAUAACAAGUUAUCAAAUCAACAUAACAAUAUAAACAAAUUGUCUAUAAUAAGUCAAUACCGUAUUUCAAAAAUAAAUCUUCAAGGUACUUAUUUAUAUAAAUGUAACGGGAGGUAUUUUGAUAAUUUUUAUGAUGCCUAUAAAUAUGCACAAUUUAUGAUUGAAAAAACAUAUAAUAUAGCUUCUUCAAAUAAUAAUAAUCCAUUUGAAGAUUUUAAUGUUCAAUCUUACUUAGGUACAAACGCAAAAAGUAUUUACAUAUGGAGAAUGGUAUGGAAUGGUUGUGACUAUAAAUGCUUUUCUUCUCAAAAUUAUAAAAUUUUUAGAUUAAAUAUUUUAAAAGAAAUUAAUUUAUUAAGAAAAUACCAUUAUAGUUAUCCUCUUUUAUUAAAUAAUAAACUAGAAAAAUUAGCUCAAAAAUAUGCUGAAAAAUCAGCUAAAGUAGGUAAACUUUUACCAUUAUCUAUAUUUUAUACUUAUGGUCAAACAAUGGGAAUUAUGUUUUAUCUAGCUGGAAAUACUAUUGUUAAUAGAUGGUAUCAAGAAAGUAAGUACUAUGAUUACAAAAAUCAUCGAUCUUCAAAAGGAUUAAAAAUGUUUACACAAUUAGUUUGGCGGAGGACAAAAUUUAUUGGAAUUGGGGUUGCUAAGACCAAUUAUGCACUUUAUAUAGUUUGUUUAUUUCAUCCAAAGGGUAAUGUUAAAAACAAAUUUAAAGAAAAUGUUAUUAAACCUAUAAGAAUAUUUCAUGAAUAA